CCGAUCACUGUCAAAACAAAACUCGUUCGUUCGGCCUCCCGAAAAAAUAUACAACAGCCGUUUUUGUGUGGAAAAGGAAGUUUUCAGGAUUUUACGCAAAAUAGUUCCUCGCUGAACCCACUUCCAGCAUCCGGCGUGAGGCAGAGUGGUGUAGGGGUACCGAGAUAUAUCGAGAUACGUGAAAAUUCCGAAACGAAGCGCCCUCGAAAGUGGGUGGCCGUUGGUCCGACCGGGCGACACCAUGUCCUUGUUUCAUCCGUCGAAGCGGAUGACCAGUGGCGGACAUGAACCGGACCACCAUCAUCCGGAUCCCGAUGGACAGGACAGCGGCGAAGUGUUGCAUACGUCCGGGAGCGGGUCGCUCAGUAACAGCAUUACUAGCAGGGACAAGGAAUGUUCAGAUGAGUUAUCGCGGCGAGCAACCCGGAGCUUCCAGCCGAAAAGGGUUUCCGAGCUACCUCCGUUGGAGUCGGAAUCUGACUCGGAUGACGACAAUAAUCUAAACUGCGCUAUUUUGAACGAUUCGUUCCUUUUGACUCCGUCAAAAUGUGCCGAUGAUAUGGAAAGCACCCAGAAACCCUCCAAUCCAUUGCCAUGUCCCGACCAGAAAGAGAACGUACAUGCCCGUAUGAAGUUGGAAGAUAAAUUGAUCCCUGUUAGGGAACCUGAACCGCAGGAAGUGAAGGUUUUGAAGCGAGUUCCGUUGUUGGACAGGAGGCAACUUGAGAAGCAGUUCUCGCUGCUUACCCAAAGCGAUUCCCGGUUAUCGAAAGCAAGAGAUUCUGGAAUCAGCAGUACGACAUCGUCAGUGCUUUCCAUCGCAGAUCAGGUGACCGAAAUAGAGAUCAAGCCUGCGAUCAAAGAGGAAGUGGACGAGGUUGAACUGGGCAAAAGUCUACGAGAGCAGAAAAUUCAGUCUCCUCCCAAGGACCACCUAUUUGUGACUCCUCGGGAAAAAUUCUGCCACAGUAACGCCCGGGGAACGUCAUCUCGGGCGAUCAUUUCGACGACGAAUCGUAAAUCUCGGAACACGUUAGAAAACGAAUUCAAAUCUCAGAAGAUUCUCUUUACCACUCCCUUGGCUACAGGUUUGCCCAGGCCGCAGAUGAGUGCGAACGACAGUUUGUCGUUGUCGCUGGUGGAUACUCCGAUCAAGUCGAAAGACAGACCCUUGUCCCCGAUCGUGGAGCAGCAACGACCGGCGAAACGCUCUACAGACGAACUGUUCCCGGCCACUCCUGGUCCGGAGAAGCGACUAUCGCCAGCACCAAAGGAAGUUGCACCAGCCGCCGUAGCCCCAACGGAAGAUAUGCGACCGAUGGAGCAAUCGCAAACGAAAGCUCUUCCCACGAUAGCCAUCAAUGGGAAGGAAUACCAGGUGCUGAAGAAAUUGGGCUCCGGUGGAUCCAGUUCUGUGUUUCUCGCCAAGCUGAACCCAACCGGUGCCGAGUGUGCGCUCAAGCUGGUCAAUCUCGAAGGUGAUUCCAGUCUCGUGGAGGGCUAUUUAAACGAGACAAAGCUUUUGGCCAAAUUACAAGGAAACGAAAAUGUAGUGGCGCUCCACGAUUAUUGCCACCUUCCGGAAGCGAACCAACUGUUCCUCGUCAUGGAGAAGGGAGACUGCGAUUUGCACAAAAUCCUCCAAAACUACCGCAAGGACAUCCCCCUGUACACGCUGAUGCAGAUUUGGUACCAAAUGGUGCAGUGCGUGCACUACAUUCACGACCAUGGAGUCAUCCACCUUGAUCUCAAACCGGCCAAUUUCCUCAUGGUCAAGGGACGGCUCAAGCUGAUCGAUUUCGGCAUUGCCAGCAACAUUGCCUUCGAUUCCACUAGUAUUAUGAAGUUCUCUCAGGCCGGCACGUUCAACUACAUCAGUCCGGAGGCAUUGAUUGACACUUCGUCGGAGUGCAGCCCGGCCAAUUCGCAACCCAAGAUCAAGAUGUCGAAAAAGUCCGACAUCUGGUCGCUCGGGUGCAUACUGUAUCUGCUCCUGUACAAAAAGACGCCCUUUGCCCACAUCAAGAACAUCCACACCAAGGUAAGCACCAUCACAAAUCCCAACACGGUGAUUGAAUACCCUCCGCUGCCCAGUUACUAUCCGCCCAUGUUGCUGGAGAUGCUGCAGAGGUGCCUCAAGUACGACGCCAAAUCGAGAGCGUCCACGGCGGAACUGCUGCAGUAUCCGUUCGAUAUGGUGAUACCGCUUCCACCAAGCGGAGGUACGUCCAAAUGAUGAACUCAGGCAUAUAUUUUACUAGCAUUUAGACUGUGCUUUGGAAAUAUUUAUUACGAAUAGAUAUUGGUUAUUAUAUUACGGCACUAACGCUUUCGAACUUAAAGCACAAACAGAUUGUAUUUCUCUUUGAUGCGACUUAAGAGGUGUAUUAUGUAUAAAGGAAGAUUUAUCGCAAACGGAUCUGUGGUUGAUUUGUUUGACAUAAGA